AUGAGUCUCUUCCAAUUUACUGCUAGAAGGUUGGUUUCCCAAGCAUAUUGUGGACUUAAGGCUUCUUCUUCAAAGAAACAGAAGUUUUGCUUGGAAAUGGCUCGUCCUAGUUCAAAUAUGGCGGAUUUUCGAGAAGUGUUUGCCAAAGCGAAGCAUAUAGCCAUUAUCACGGGAGCCGGUGUUAGUGCGGAGAGUGGAGUUCCUACCUUCAGAGGGGCUGGAGGCUUCUGGAGAAAGUGGCAAGCCCAGGAGUUGGCUACACCAGAGGCUUUUGCGCGAAACCCUUCUCGCGUAUGGGAGUUUUACCACUACCGCCGGGAAGUGAUGUUGAGUAAACACCCAAAUGCUGCACACAUCGCCAUCGCAGAGUGCGAACGGAGACUGAGCAAGCAUUUUUUGGUCAUUACUCAGAAUAUUGAUGAGCUCCACAGAAAGGCGGGCACAAAGCACCUCUUAGAAAUUCAUGGUAGUUUAUUUAAAACGCGAUGCACCAACUGCGGAAACGUGGCUGCGAAUUACAAGAGCCCCAUAUGCCCCGCACUGGGUGGGAAGGGGGCUCCAGAUCCUGAAACAGAAGACGCCGUGAUUCCAGUUGAAGACCUCCCUCAGUGUGAGGAGGACGGCUGCAAUGGGCUCCUCCGUCCCCAUGUCGUGUGGUUUGGUGAAACCCUGGAUCCCGGCAUUCUCACAGAGGUCGAGAAGGAGCUUGAGAUAUGUGACCUGUGCUUGGUAGUCGGGACCUCCUCCGUGGUGUACCCUGCUGCUAUGUUUGCCCCUCAGGUGUCUGCCAGAGGAGUGCCAGUUGCAGAAUUUAACGCCACUCCUGCUACAAACAGAUUCAGGUAA